AUGAAAACUGGUACCAGCCACCUUAACUCGUGUCCAGUGUCUUCCGAGAGUAAAACCUAGUCCUUUUUACAGAAAAAUCUACUUAUUUAAAUAAGGUCGUCUACUUUUGUGCGUCCCGUUUUUACAACAGACGACUUUAACGUCUCUAGCAUAGAAACGGCCAUUUUUCUCCCGCGUUACUUGCUCUUCCCCUCCCACUAAUCUAAAUGUUCGACGCGCGCACGAAGGUAAAGCGUCAGACUUUGAGAAGGUCUGUAUCGAACAUUUUUAUCAACGAGAUGACAUGUUAUGGUGCCGGAUAUUUCUCUCCUGUUUGCGCUUAAAGAAAAGUGCACCAUUAAUUAAGUUCCCUCCUUCAAUUGCUUAAACAGACACGUAGAUUUCAUUAACUUACUUUACGUUGAUCGAAAUUUGCUACGGACAGUUCAAAUUGUGCGUUUUGUUGAUUCUGUGUUAGAGACAUUUUAAUUCAGUUCUUGUUUUAACAGAGGGAACCGACGUAAUCCUAAUCAAACAUUUCUAACACCACCGGCGACAAUUUUCUGUUUUUUUAAUUUUGACUGUUUGAUUGCAAUCUACUUAUUAAUUUCCCUGUCACAAUGGUGCAAUUCACGUUGUCAAACAAAAUCUUUCAGUCAAAAGUGCGGAACAAGGGAGAAUUGACCAGAAAGGACGAGAUAGCCCGAAGGGAAGAGGUUAAUACACAAUAGUUCUUAAUUAACAAAUCUUUCUCUACGCUUACCUUGUUAUUAAAAGCGCUCAUCUAAUUUCGAAAAUAGUACUCGCGAUUGUUGACUUAAGUUUAUUGGUUACGACCUAAACAAACUGCUACCCUGUUCUGAGUUACAGUGACGUGUAUCAAGUGUUUCGAUGGUGGUUUGAGUUGAUAACAAUUAUGAUUUGUAAUUAACUACACGACUAUCCCUGGGUAAUCUGUCAACGAGCAUGUACAUUCGAUGUGUCUGUUUGCUCUGGAUCUAUUCUGUUUCGUCGCUCGCAUUCAAAAGGUUUCUUUUUGGUCUGUGUAAAUUCCAUUAGCACCUUGGAUCGCAACAUCGAUUUGCAUUUCGAUAAACUGGCUUGAAAGACGAGAACAAACAGUUUUGCGACGCUAGACAGUUGGUAGAAUCGCAGGAAUGGUUGACAUACUGGUUUGGCUGUGUACGUUCGCCGUAUUUUCACAUAUUCGCGGUAGCAACGAAGCAAAUGAGUUGCUUUACAAAGACGAUCCAUCUAUCGACAACCCGAACCGUCUUCCGGUGAAAGACGACCGAGCUGGAGCCUUUAACAUGACAGCGCGAGAGGCACUAAAAGCCAUCGAAGAGGUGCAUCAUGGCACUGUCGACUGCGAAACAAUGCUGGCCAAGAGAAGCUUGAAGCUUCUGUAUUUUAAAUACGAGAAUAGCGUCUAUACUGCACAAGCCAAUCUCGCCAUCCGAACUGCUAAUUUAAUCUCUGAUCUGUUACCAACAGGCUCUGCUAAAACUUUGAAUAUUUCCGGAAAGAAUGUGUUGAAGACGCAUAGGGAAGUACUCCACGCAAUCGUAAGGAACAACCUUGAAAACGACCAGGUUAUUGUAGGUUCAGCGAUCAUUUUUGACAACAAUAGCUUUAUAGACAAUUCGUUUUUUGCACCGUACGCCUAUAGAAACGCAAACGAUACUUUCAUUAAAGUCACAGAUCUGUCUGCCGGAUGGAGUUAUCUUCACGAAGCGUUUGUGAGGCUAAUGAAGUUUAAAUCACGCGGAAGACCUUUUCCGAAGCGAACAACGUACUUUUAUAAGCAAAAUAACGUUUCUUCCGCAUCGACACGGCUAAAACUCACACACAAGUUUGUGGAGUCUAAAGAUGGACUAUGGAGCCGUCCUUACUUCGAGUGCACAACGGCGAGAGCUUGGUUAAUAACAUACACUUCGCCCAUACUGGGCAGCCAAGACGGUAAUGGAUCAAUCUCUUUCAUGGGUAUGACUACAAUUGAUAUCGCUCUUACGAACGUCGACAUUAAUCAAUGUGAUAAGGAGUCAGGGGGCAAGUUUCAGUUCGAGAUUUUUGCUGGUACUCAUCGAUGUAAAAAUGAAACCACUCAGUGCAAGCCUGUAACUGGACUCGGUUUUAGGGCCGGCUCAUACAAGUGCGUUUGUAGGUCUGGGUACUAUUUUCCGAACGUCACCGCUUCCGCGAAAUAUUUCAACGGAUCUGAAAUCGAGGCUGCAGCCGUUGACCCAAGUCACAGUUAUUACUCGAAUCCAGAUUCCUUCCAAUGUAUCAAGUGCCAACCUGGUUGUGAGGCAUGCGUGGAUAAUUCCCCGUGCAUUGUAACGCUAAACUGGCCGCUAAGGAGAGCCUUGAUGGGUUUGACUGUAGUCUCUAUCUUGUUCGCCAUUGGAAUAAGUGCGUUUAUUUUGUACUUUCGGGAACUGAAGGUUGUGAAGACGGCCAGCCCCCAUUUCCUUGUCAUUAUAUUAGCAGGGUGUAUGUUGUCGUAUUGUGAGAUUCUUGUGCUGUAUCCCGAACCGCAGAAUACGUUUUGUGUUGUUCGUCUUUGGUUUCGCCAUAUUGGAUUCGGACUAGGUUUUACGUCAUUGCUUCUCAAAACUUGGAGGAUUUCCGUGAUAUUUCGUGUCAAAUCUGCGCAGAAGAUAAAGCUCACUGAUCGCCACCUCAUCCAGCGCCUCGCUCCGAUCCUGGCCUUGUACGUGGUUUAUCUGUUGGCCUGGUCACUAGCCGGCCCAAGUCACGUGGUAGAAAUGAAGAUGCCUGGGGAUCUUAAGUUCCAUGUGUGUUCCUUUGACUGGUGGGACCACGCCAUUUUGAUCUUUGAAAUACUCUUCUUGUUCUGGGGAAUCCACCUGUGCUAUAACGUCAGAAAAGCGCCGUCCGCCUUCAACGAGAGCAAGUUUAUCAGCUGGUCAAUUUACAACUUGACGGUGGUCACUUUCUUCCUCAAGAUUACGAGGCUUUUCAUCGGAGACCUGGCGGGUCCUGAUAUGAUUUACCUGCUGGAGUUCUUCAGAGUUCAGCUUGCUGUGUCCGUUCUGGUUGGGCUCGUAUUUGUUCCCAAGAUUAUACGUGUGAUCAAGGGACGCGGAGACGUGUUUGAUACAAGUGGAAGGAUUGCGUCCGUAAAAGGGGCUGCCCUCAAUAUGGCAGCUGGACAGUCGUCUGAGGGGACGGUGAACUUGAGCCAAGAAAAUGAAGACCUUAAGGAGGAAAUACGAAAACUUUAUGGUCAGCUUCAACAGAUGAAAACCGUCAACAUGGAGGCUGGAAAUAGGCAUCUGGGUCACUCUUCAUCCCUUUUGUUUGGCGGAUCCACUCCAUCCCUCUUGAGCUCGACACCUAACAACAAUGGAAGCAAGGCAUGCUUGGUGACCUCUGCAAGGGCGAAACGCCCGCAAAGAUACUCACCAGCGGCAGAACUUGCAAGUGACUUUGUUUGACGACGGUUUCUAAAGCAAUGCUUUGGCAGCAUAGCUCUUCAAACGUCCGAAAUUACAAACCAUUUGAACAUAUUCUCGAUUUUACAUUUUUGCAUCGUCGUGUUCCUCAUUUUUACCAAUGAUGUUUUCUUAAGAUCUUCGAUAGCUCCAAAAGAGUGGAGUAAGACAUCGCGUUAACCCUAACCUUUAAAUCGCAAUAUCUGGCUGCUACACAUAUCCUUGUAAAUAGGUUACGAGAAUUUGCUGUCAGAUUAAGAUAACAAUUUCCACUUUAAAAUUUGAGUAUUUUCAUAACCCAUUUGUUGGAUAACGUAGGAAUAGCCGAGUAUAAGGAGAAGUUACAUGUUAAUCACUUCGGGGAAUGAAAGGGAUACCAGGCCAUUUUCGCGAUAGUAAAGGUCAAUCUCACUUCGAGGUUGAGGGAUGAAUAAAUAAUCUCUUUUCUUUUGUUCUCCCUAGACUCGGAGCCAUGUUAGAAUUCUGAUAUAUCGAAAAUGGCCUACUGCCUAUUACAAAAGCCAAUACCACAAAUUAAACACGAAUCUUAACUUAGUGUAAAUGAUUUUUUAAUAUAUCGCGAUUGAUUGUCACAGUCAUCAUUCGAGUCAUGUUUUCUUUGUUGAUUCAGUUGCUUAAAUUCCAUCACCAUGCAUGCAUCUCGCACAGAAUAAAGUUCACAGACUGUUUUGUUA